AUGUCCCUCCAAGCCACCGUCUACCACGACUCCGAUGCGGAUGAUGAGUUCACUCAUCCCGCAACAGACUCCGAAGCCGAUCACUCAGACUCCGAAGCGCUCUCCGAAGAACAUACCCCGACGUCAUUUGCCAACAAACUCUCAGACGAUGUUCGUGCGCCAGAUACAAUCAUUAUAGAAUGGACUGCAGAGGAAUGCGCCAGGUUUCUGGCUGCUCUGGGCCUUCGUCAAUACUGCGAUACGUUUCUAGAAAAUGAAAUCGUCGGCGAGGCGCUUAUUGCUCUUAAACACGAUGAAUUAAAGGAAAUGGGAAUCGCUAGUGUGGGACACCGGUUGACAAUACUGAAAAGUGUAUAUGAAACCAAGGUCAAGCAAGACGUUCCGCUCGAUCCUGAUCACUACAUCCCUCUAUCCGCCGACCAAAGCCUCAAUGAAAAUGCUACCCAAGAAGAUAUCGCCCGUCUAAUCCAAUCCAUCCGGUUACGCGACGAGAAGAUCGUUUCGGUAGAAUCGGAUUUGCGCCGCGUGGCCGAGGAAUACCGCCGAUUACGGGAAGAUCUGCUGCCAGUGUUCAAAAUGGCCAAGGACCGAUCGCAACCACUCCCGCCUGGCGGAAUGGAUAACCACCACCAUGACAGCCAACCGCUGGCUUCGCCUGGAUUCUCGUUCGAACGACCAGGAACAGGCAUAUCGCGAACCUUUUCCAAGAGAGUUUACACGGGAGGCACGACACCGAAGAACAAUUCUCCAACGCAUAUUCCACCCUCCAUCCUCGAAGGACGAGCCUACGAUAGUUCUGCCUUGGAUCCAUCCAGCGCAGCCGCAACCCAUUUGACGAUGAACGGCCAAUUAUCUCCCGGUAUCCCAUCUCCAACCUCCCCCGGGGCCCAUUACAGCACUCUUGCCUCGCGAGCAUACAAACCCAAUGGUCGUAGCGGCCUCGAUCAUCCUGAAGAUACACCAAUCCCGCCACCGUCCCGGUCUGAGCGAUUGAAUCCAACCCCGGUCUCCUCCCGCGAUACUCCCUCGCGAUCUGAAUCGCGAUCUGGCCACGAUCCGCCCAGCGUCGAAAUAUUCAAAUCGUUCCGCGUUUCCAUGGACGAUCCUUGCCACAAGGUUUUACCAGCGGCCCUCAAAAAAUAUAACAUUCAAGCCGAUUGGAGACAAUAUGCGCUUUAUAUCGUGUACGGUGAUCAGGAACGCUGUCUAGGACUGGAAGAACGGCCUCUUAUUCUCUUCAAACAACUUGAAAAGGAAGGACGAAAACCGAUGUUCAUGCUGCGGAAACAGUUAAAUCCUAUCGACAACACUGUCGUCCCUGGAGGGUCAGCGCCCAAUAGCGCUGGAUUCGAGGGCAAACAAGCCCAAAUUAAUCUACCUGGUGGUGUUUUGUGA